CAAAUAGUCCAUACCUCGCCGGUGUUUCGCGGCGAGCGGUCGCGUCCGGGCGUAUUCCGCGCUGCCCUUACGAUCCCGUAGGAUAAUUCUUUUGUGCCAGUGUUGUGUGACGAAAUUUCAUAACACCCGUCAUCGAAAUUCAAAUGAAGAAUACCUAGUCACUGUCAAUCUGCCAAUGUAUUUUUAAAUCCUUGCAAUUCAAACUGGCAGCAUAAAAAACUAACAAUCCAAUCAAGGCUCGUUAAAAGAAAAAACAAAAUUACCAUGAUUCGCUAUUGGUUGUGCUUCGCGAGUGCGGUUUGCUUGGCGGGCCACUGCGGUGCUAACUAUUGUAGAGAUGCUAAUUUGUGUUGUCCGGGCCGGGAUAGUUCCUGUGUUGUGCAAAAAGCGCAUCAGAAUGCUAUCAUUGAAGAUCUUACCGACAAACCUUGUUAUUGUGACCACGCGUGUUUGAAGCUUGGCGACUGCUGUCCAGACUUCCGAGAAACUUGUGGCGUAAUCGACUGCGCGGUAUCAAACUGGGGUCCAUGGUCGGAAUGCGACACGGCCUGCGGAUCUGGCAGCAUGGUUCGGACACGGAGGAUCGUUCAGCAACCAGCACAUGGGGGCAGACACUGUCCCUCACUAGUCCAGCGCAGGGCCUGCCAAGAACAUGUCGGGUGUUCGGCUGACAGCGACAUUCCUUUACGAGACGAAACUGCGAUGCUGCUUCCCGGAGCGUUGUCCAUCAGCCGCCACUCGAACGAAACUGUUGACAUAAGAAAAAAUCUACGCCUUCGUAACCCUGACGAUCCCGAGUCCAACUCGCAUAGAGAGUAUUGUGCUCAAUACGAGGUGACCAAGGUGUCGAAGGCUUGCCACAUGGAUUCCGACUAUAAGUCACUGAGAGAAGGUAACACAGUGUGCGUAAUGUGCGAAACAGCGGCGCUGCGUCGCGAUUUGAAAUGGCGUUGCAGCGGUCACGGCGUGGCGGGUCACACCACCCGCUUCUACGCCCUGGUUGCGCCCCACUGUCACGGCAAAUGGAUCAAAUCAGAACACAAUCUGGACAAAAGAAGCGAUUGCUGCACAAAUCCCGACUUUAUUUUCGUGUAAUCACACAUUUCUAAUGUAAGAUCGGAUAGAAUUAAGUAUUUUAGAUGUUGCGUUGGAACAGAAUUAGUUAUGAGGAUUUGAUUUGCAUUUGUUUUUGGAAUUUUACUAACAUCAUUAGCAGAAA